AGAAAGCAUCAACAAGACCUGCGAAACUUAAUGAGGACUAACACAUCGUUUGGAUCGUUUCGAUAAGAGGGAUGGGAGUCCUACCGGGGAGAAACCUUUUAUGCACACUUUUCUUCAUUAUUCUCCUGUCAGAGGGACACUUUCGAUGGGUUGAGGCCCAACACUGUAUAUGGUAUGGCGAGUGCGGGACCUCUGAAAAGAUGCACUCAAAAAAGUACAACUGCAACUACACUGGUCCUCCCCGCCAGCUAGAGCCCGAGGGUUAUGAACUUCUCACGGAGCUGUGUCCUGGAUACGACUAUGGAGACCGAAGCCUUUGCUGCGAUACUGACCAGUUACAAACUCUCAAAGGGAGUCUCCAGCUGCCCCUUCAAUUCCUGUCUCGGUGUCCCGCCUGUUUCUUCAACCUGAUGAACCUUUUCUGUGAGCUGACAUGCAGCCCUCACCAGAGUCAGUUUGUGAAUGCAACCAAGAUCAAAGAGAAAAAUGUCGUGGAAGUGCAGUACUAUAUUGGACAGACAUUUACAAAUGCCAUGUACAAUGCCUGCAAGGACGUCCAGGCACCAUCCAGUAACAUGAAGGCCUUAUCAAUACUGUGUGGGAAGGAGGCAGAGGAUUGCAAUGCUACCAACUGGAUCCAGUAUAUGUUUGAUAUCAACAAUGGACAGACUCCCUUCCCAAUCAUCCCAAUAUUCUCAGAUGUCCCGGUGGCCGGUUUCUCUCCCAUGAACAACAAGACUUAUGCCUGUACAGAGGGCCUGGAGGAUGGUUCAGGUCCCUGCUCCUGUCAGGACUGUGCAAAGGCCUGUGGCCCCAAACCUGUGCCGCCCCCUCUCCCUCCUCCCUGGACAAUCCUCGGUAUGGAUGCCAUGACUGUCAUCAUGUGGAUUUCCUACAUGGCCUUCCUGAUGAUCUUUGUUGGAGCUGUACUUGGGGCUUGGUGUUACAGGAAAAGGACCAUCAUGUCUGAGUAUGGCCCCAUCUUGGACAGCAAUAACCCACUGUCUCUCAACAAUGAUAAUCCGGACCAAGUGAAUGCAUCAUGCUGUGAAACAUUGGGCGAACGCUUUGAGAAUGCUCUGCGGAUCCUCUUCAGCACUUGGGGUUCCUUCUGUGUGCUGCAUCCCUUUCUGGUCAUACUGGGCAGCCUGAUAGUUGUGGUUGCCACCUCUGGUGGCCUGGUCUACAUGCGCAUCACCACCGACCCCGUUGAGCUGUGGUCGUCUCCCACCAGCCAGGCUCGUCAAGAGAAGGACUACUUUGACAGCCACUUCGGACCCUUUUUUAGAACUGUGCAGCUCAUCAUAACCACCCCGCUUAAUGAGACUUUCAUCUACUCCCCAUACUUCGGAGGAUCAGAUGUGCCAUUUGGAGCCAUCCUGGACAAAGACAUCCUGCACCAGGUGCUGGAUCUGCAGCUUGACAUCGAAAGCAUUGUAGCAACGUAUGAGGGCCAAAACGUCACCCUGCAGGACAUCUGCUUGGCUCCACUGGCCCCGUACAAUAACAACUGUACAGUCUUGAGUGUCCUCAACUACUUCCAGAACAGCCAUGCUGUGCUGGACCACAGCAUAGGAGACGGCUUUUAUGUCUAUGCUGACUAUCACAGCCACUUCCUCUACUGUGUCAGUGCACCAGCAUCCCUCAAUGACACCACGCUCCUUCACGACCCUUGUUUAGGCACCUUUGGUGGCCCUGUUUUCCCUUGGCUGGCCCUUGGGGGUUACGAUGAAACCAACUACAACAAUGCCACUGCUCUAGUGAUCACCUUCCCACUCAACAACUACCUGAAUGACUCAGCCAAGCUGGGCAAAGCUCUGGCAUGGGAGAAAGAAUUCAUCAAGUUUAUGAAGAACUUCGACAACCCUAAUCUGACCAUAGCCUUUAGUGCUGAGAGGAGUAUCGAAGAUGAAAUAGACAGAGAGAGCGACAGUGACAUCAGCACCAUAGUAGUCAGCUAUGCCAUUAUGUUCAUCUACAUCUCCCUGGCCCUGGGUCACAUCCACAGCUUCAGGAGAGUGCUGGUUGACUCCAAGAUUUCUCUGGGCAUAGCGGGCAUCCUGAUUGUGCUUAGCUCUGUGUCCUCCUCACUGGGGAUCUUCAGCUACUUUGGCAUCCCCCUCACACUCAUCGUGAUUGAGGUCAUUCCUUUCCUGGUGCUGGCUGUUGGAGUGGACAACAUCUUUAUAAUAGUCCAGACAUAUCAGAGGGAUGAGCGGAUGCCACAGGAGGAACUUCACCAGCAGAUUGGUCGUAUUCUUGGCGACGUGGCCCCCAGCAUGUUCCUCUCCUCCUUCUCAGAGACAGUGGCUUUCUUCCUGGGAGCCUUGUCCAACAUGCCUGCAGUGAGGACUUUCUCUCUGUUUGCUGGCUUGGCUGUUUUUAUUGAUUUCCUGUUGCAGAUCAGUUGCUUCGUCAGCUUGCUCGGCUUGGACGCCAGAAGACAGGAGGGGAAUCGACUCGACAUCUGUUGCUGUGUGAAGCUGCCGGACGGUCAGGAAACGAAAACAGACAGCUUACUCUUCCGUUUUUUCAAGAAAUUCUAUGCCCCAUUCAUCCUCAAAGAGUGGAUGCGACCGAUCAUAGUGGCCGUGUUUGUUGGAAUCCUCUCCUUCAGUAUUGCUGUGGUGAAUAAAGUAGAGAUUGGAUUGGACCAGAAACUCUCCAUGCCUGAUGACUCGUACGUGUUGGACUACUUUAGGAACCUGAGCAUGUAUCUCCACACUGGAGCUCCGGUGUACUUUGUGGUAGAGGAUGGUCUUAACUACAGGACUCAGGAGGACCAGAAUGUUGUGUGUGGAGGAGUGGGCUGCAACAACAACUCUCUAGUCCAGCAGGUCUACACCGCUUCACUCAUCAGCAACUACACAACCAUUGCCUUUACACCGUCCUCGUGGCUUGAUGACUACUUCGACUGGGUGAAGCCACAGUCCACCUGUUGUCGAUACUACAACACCAGUGGGGCUUUCUGCAAUGCCUCGGUGGUAGAUCCCUCCUGUGUACACUGUCGCCCCAUGACUCCCAGUGGAAAGCAGCGGCCAGAAGGAGAGGACUUCAUGCGGUUUCUGCCCAUGUUUCUGUCAGACAAUCCAAACAUCAAGUGUGGAAAAGGCGGGCAUGCAGCCUACGCCACAGCAGUCGAUCUGUAUCCCAACAAGACGGGGGUUGGAGCCACUUACUUCAUGACCUACCACACCAUCAUGAAAGAAUCCCCAGACUUCAUACACGCUUUAAAAAUGGCCCGAAUCCUGGCUGACAACAUUACUGAGUCCAUUGGCCAUAAAGUAUUUGCAUACAGUGUCUUCUACGUGUUUUACGAGCAGUAUCUUACCAUUGCCUAUGACACCGCUCUGAACUUGAGCGUGUCACUGGGGGCCAUAUUCGUGGUGACGACGGUGUUGUUGGGUUUCGAGCUGUGGUCAGCCGUGGUCGUCAGCAUCACCAUCGCCAUGAUCUUAGUCAACAUGUUCGGCGUCAUGUGGCUGUGGAACAUCAGCCUCAACGCAGUGUCCCUUGUGAACCUGGUCAUGUGCUGUGGUAUUUCGGUAGAGUUUUGCAGUCAUAUCGUGCGAGCUUUUUCCAUCAGUGUGAAGAAAAACAGAGUGGAGCGGGCUGAGGAGGCCCUGGCUCACAUGGGCAGCUCUGUAUUCAGCGGGAUCACACUAACAAAGUUCGGAGGUAUCCUAAUCUUGGCGCUGUCCAAGUCACAGAUCUUCCAGGUCUUCUACUUUAGGAUGUACUUGGCCAUAGUGUUGCUGGGAGCCACGCAUGGCCUCAUCUUCCUCCCUGUAAUGCUCAGUUAUAUCGGUCCUUCAGUGAACAAAGCAAAGGUGGUAGCUGCUAACAGGCGCUACGCUGGUACAGAAAGAGAGCGCCUCCUCAACUACUAGCUGGCUGUUCGGGACAAUGAACAAUGAACUAUUUGUCUGAAAGGGACUGUGUGGGUGUGAAGCCGUUUCUGUGAUUACUGACACACUUAUCAUCGCCACUACUAUGCACAUAUUUAACUCAGGAAUAGACUCGGGAAGAGGAGUGCCCGAGACCUUGUCCAACUGCAAAAGUAUUGAUUUUUUCUCAGAAGACUGUGGAGCCACAUCAUUGCUCCUCCUCACACUACAGGAUAAGCAGAUGUCAACAUUUGAGUGACAAACCACUGAACAAAAAAAAUACAACAACAAAAAACUGCCACUUUUGCAGUGUGGAAGUAGGAGAGACAACACCCCCAACAUCCGCUUACAGACAAACUGUAAGUCAGUUCCAUAUGCUACGAGCUAUUUUGAUUUGGGAAAACUCGAAAGGGUAAAACUGGUCAGUUUUUUCAUGUUUUUAAAAUAUAUACCAGGAAAAAAACAACUGUUUAAAAGGAAAUUAUUUUGAAAUGUUUACUUUCGUUGGACUGUUGUUUGAUAUUAUGAAUCAUUUAUCGGCUGGCAUACAGCACCCAGAUAAUAAUGAUGAUCUCAUAAGCACUCAUAAUACCUGGCAUUACCAUGCAUCACAUCCAGGGGUGUGGCUCAAUACUCUGUCACAGAGCAGGUUAGCUAGUCGUACCAUUGUCACCUAGCGAUAAUGUUUCUAAAGGGUUUUUGUGCAUGCUCACAUCCAUGUUGAGAGAGGAGUGAAGGGAUUGUAGCCCCUUUUUACAGCUACAAUCUGCUUGGAUGUGCAUGUCGACAUCGUCAAAGCUGAAACCUCACAGUCAGUGUUUCAUUUAAAAAUCAAAGUACAAAACAAACAGUCCAGGUACUUGUGUGUACCCACAGAUGUUGUUUGUUGCUCUCCAAACUGCAUCCUGCUAUUACAUUUAUUUCCACAUUGGAAGCUAUUCACAUGAUCUGGUGCAAGAUUUUAUUUUAGAGUUAGUAAAUUUAUCUUAAAGUGUCCUUUUGAAGUUUUUGCAUGACUAUAUUGUUUGUCCCUUCUGGUACUAUUACAAAAAAAAGAAAAACUCCUGAAGAUGCAUGUUGAUGCCAGGUGUAAAGAGUGCUGUGAUGCUAAUAGCGGUUUUACACUGAAGUGUAAAUAAGACAUUUUGCAGUUACUGAACAGAACAUUUGUUUAGUUAAGAGACUAAGCUUUACAUUUAACUGUAAAUAGCUUAUACAGAAUUAAUCUGGAUUUAUUCCUUUGUCAUCGAGAGCGUGUUAAUACAGAAUACUGUAGAAUGACUAGCUAAUGGUAUAGUCCUGACUUUUUCCAUUCCAGCACAUUUAAGUUAUUGGUAUUUUUUUUAUUUUGUUAACUAUUACAUUUUGUUACCAUGCAUAGCUGUCUUUAAAAGAAACAAUUUUACCUUUCAGGUAAAGGAGUCAUUUUGUAACAUAACCGGAACCCUGUUCACUUGCGUCACAUGCACCUCAACAUGUCUAAGAUUGUAGCUAGUGGAGGUGAUCACUCAUCCAUGUGGUGCGCGCCCACUAGUUUAAUUUGACUUUAAAUAAGGUUUUGACAUCAUUGAAGGGGAAUGUUGAAAUUUUACCCAAGGUGUAUAAAAUCCACUGGGAUCUUGAAGGAA